ACAAGGCAGCAGACGAGAGGUAAAUUUGUAGAAUAGAAUUAGUCAACAUAACCAAACUUUCCAUAAAUUAUCAUUUUACAUUAAUAAUCGCAAUAUUGAGCUGAUUUUUACGUGUUUGUUUCAGAUUAUUAUAUUCAGCAAUUCACAAAAAUUAUAAUAUUCUUAGCCUACAAUAAUUUGACCAAGAACUGCUGGAUUGUUGUGCAAAAGGUGAAUUGGUGGCAAAUCUAGUCGCGCUAUGGCCUUAAAACUGUUGCAACUCGGCGGCCGAGCAGUGCGGAGGAGUUUCUCUCAGCGUUCAGCUCCCUUCAUCGCCGACAAACUGCAGGAGGAAGGCAUGAACGAAAUGUGUCUGGUGGUCGACGAGAAUGACCGAGUUCUGGGACACGCCAACAAGCGUGAGUGUCACCUGGUGAAACCCAACGGAGACAUUCCGUUGCACCGGGCGUUCAGCGUCUUUAUAUUCAACUCAAACAACGAGAUGUUGCUGCAGAAACGGUCUGCUUCCAAGGUGACAUUCCCCGGCUACGUAUCGAACGCCUGUUGCAGUCACCCGCUCCACGAGUUCCGCGAAGAAACGGUCGAAACGAACGCCUCCGGAGUCAAAAUGGCGGCCGGCCGUCGACUGGAAUACGAGCUGGGCAUUCCGCGCAUCCACACGCAACCGGCGUCACUCCACUACCUCACCCGCAUCCACUACAAGUCGGUUGGCGACGGAACGUGGGGCGAGCACGAGAUCGACUACAUCCUCGUGCUCCACAAGGACCUGCCGAUAGUUCCCAACGCCAACGAGGUCAGUGAUGUCUAUUAUGUCGGCCAAAACGAGUUGCCCGCUUUUUUGGACACUUUGGACGCGCCGCUCACUCCGUGGUUUGCGUCGAUUUUGAAGUCUGAGAAGCUUCAUCAUUGGUGGAACAAUUUGCAUCGGUUGGACAGUGUUGUGGAGCAUGACAAAAUUCAUAAACUGUGAGUGAAAGCCGAGGGUUACUUUUGUUACCACUGAGCAUAAUCAAUAUUAAUUAAGUUUGUAGCGUGAAUAUUGAUGUUGCAGAACUUUUCCAUAAUUGAAGAGACUUGAAAUGCCAAAAAAAGUCCACUUUUUUUUAAUAAAAAUUACUGUAUCACAGGAGCAUGCUUUUGUGUAUGCUGACACAAGUUAUAGUGCGGCUUAUAGCUGAUGAUGUGUGAACACCUUAGACCAGACAUAGAUUCUAUAUCAGGUCUAAAGCUGCGUACACAUAUACGCGCUUCCAACCCGCACCGAGCACGCUCCGCCCUCGUACCGCCAUCGUUCCUCCAUCGUACCGCAGUCGCUCCGCCCCCGCUCAGCAGUCGCACCCAUCAUGAACGUUAUGGAAGAUGUUAGAUCUUCUCGCGUUCCCCGGUCAAACCACUCUUGCUCCCCGGUCGAUCAUCAAUCGCUGUGCUGGAGUGACGUUCGGUUGCGGAGCAGAGCGAAAGUCUGUACGCACCUUUAGAUGAGCACACACGAAAGCAUGCUCUUGUAAAAUAAUAAUUUUUAUUAAAAUAAAAGUGGAUUUUUGACAACAUUUCAAGUCUCUUCAAAUAUAUAUUGUCAGUUUGUAAUAAUCAAUCAUACAGGGAUAUUUUGUAUUGUCAAAUUGUAUUACUCGAAUAAUUUUCAAGGAUUUACCUAUCUUAGGCCCAGUUGCACAAAUGCCUGUUGAAUUUUAAUCACAAUCAAUAAUAUGUCACGAGAACCAAUCAGAGAAGACAUUUAAAAAAAGAAGAUCUCUGAUUGGUUCUCAUGGCAUUUAAUCAUGAUUGAAAUGUAAAAUACUUUUGUGCAACCGGACCUUAAUCUAAUUACCAUUGAGCAUAAUCAAUUUUAUAGUAGUACUCUUUAUUAUCAGAUUGUAUUAAUUAAUUGUAAUAUUUUGUAUUGUAAAAAUUUAUUAAUAAAAUAAUUUUCAAUUA